AUGAAGGUUGUGCUGCUGAUGUUGCUGCUGUGGGCUGCAGCCCGCGCCCACCCCGUGCCUGGCCAUCUCUCCGUGUUCCAAGAGCCCAAGGAUGCAGCACCAGGGGAUGUGGUAAAUGCGCUGGGUCCUCUCCUGGGUGAUGAAGACCAUGGAAGCCUCCGUGCUGGCAUGGGGCCAUGGGACACCGGUGAUGCAGAUGUGGCCAUUGGGAACCAUGUGGAGCGAGACCUUGCUGAGCACAACGGGCUGCCUGCCUGGCCUGGGGAUGAGGAGGAUGACAGCGGGGAUGACACCUUUGAUGAGGAUAAGGAAGAGGGUGAAGGGCCUGCUUAUGGCACUGGGGACACUGGAGGACAUGGUGACAGUAGCAGCAGCAGCAGCAGUGAGAGUGCGAUGGCCCCGCGCCGCCACAUCCGAUACCGUGGAGGCUCCAGGUGGGGAGGAGGCAGCAGCAGCAGCCAGGAGGAUGAUGAGGAGAGCAUUGGGUUGGGCAAUGAAGGCAUGCAGGGUGACGACCCCUCAGUCUUCGACAGCCUGGGUGGCAGGCAUCGUGGACGGGGAAACUCUGGCAGCCCCUGGGAGGACAAAGACAGCCGCUCCCCAGAGACUGAGGACACCAACUCUGUGGAAGAUAGUGAGGAGAGGAGUCACUCACAGGAGAACAGCAAGGCCAGCAGGUCCAGGGAGGAUGGGGACAGUCCGUCCCAAGAGGAUGGGGACAGUCCAUCCAGGGAAGAUGAGGACAGUCCGUCCCAAGAGGAUGGGGACAGCCCAUCCCAGGAGGAUGAGGACAGCCCAUCACAGGAGGCAUCAGAUGAGGAGUCUGCAGAGGACGGCUCAGAGGAGGCAGUGAGCACACCUGAAGGACGCAGCAGCAGGGAGGAGCGGGCAUCCGCAGAGAACAAAAGUGCAAUGUCUGACCUUGACAAUGAGGAGGAACAGAGCAGGUCCAAAGAGGACAGCUUGGAGACAGAGGAAGAUGUCUCCAAGCCUGACGAGGAUGCUCCAAGUGCAUCAACUGAGAGCCAGAGCUCAUCCCCAGAGGGCAGCCAGGAGGACAGUGAGGGUGAGGAGGACAAGACAGUGAGUGAAGAGAGCACAUCCACAGAGAGCACCAACAGUGCUUCCCCAGAGGAGGAUGAUGAUGAUGAUGAGCACUCCCAGGAGGCUACCAGCCGUGGGGAUGCCAGCUCACUGCGCAGCCUAAAGAACCACAGGCGGCGGCCGGGAGCCUACCACAGGAAGCAGGCUGCCGAGCUCGACGAUGAUGACUGCCAGGAUGGGUACUGA